CUGUGGCAGUUCGUUGGUAACUUGAUGUUUGAUGAUUUGUGUUGAAAUUAAUUUUGUUUAUCGUGAGGAAUGUAAUAACCUGUAGGAAUAUUAACUGUAGACACUCCACUGCAGUUAUCUGGUCUUCUACAGGCGCCUUCCACAGGUCUGCAGGCCUGUUCUGUGAGAGCUGAGGUUAUAGUGGCGAUGAAGCUUCAUGUUGAUGAUACCGUACAGUCUGGUAGGGCCCACCCACUCUUGUAUCCAUGGUAAGGCGGCCAGGCCGUGAAGCUGACCAGCUAUCUACUGCCGAAAGUUAAGAACUGAGCUGUAACUCCACUCACACGUGCGUCUUCAUGGCGCGGUGUUUAAUUAAGAGACAAUUGGAAGAACCAUGUGGACAGAGCGACUGACGAAAAGGUACCGAAACAGGUGCUACAGCACAAAUGACAAGGAAACAGAAAUCGCGGAAGACCUGGGAAAAGAUGGACUCAGUUCUUGAAGUCGUAUCAGGCUUCAUUUCCCGUGCUAUGAAGUAAAGAGGAAGGAGAAACACAAAAGUAUUUGCCUUUAUCAUAAACUUAUUAAUAAUAACUUAAAAAAGAGCGAAUUAAACUCUCCCGUUGUCCCCUUUUUACUUAUAGAUAAAAAGACUUCUUAUGCGAAUGACAAAACAGUGAUACAUCACCUUCUUCGAGAACAGAAAAUUAAUAAAAUGGAACUGAAGAAGAAUAACUGAACCGCAUUCUCGCACAAAUUAAGGCCAGACGAAACCCGUAUAUAAGAGUCGCAUGAAAUUAGUAAGAUGCAUUAUAAAUAUACAACAGAUUAGUUCUUUAAGUUGGUGUGGCAAUUUUUCGUUUUCGAACAGUAGGUUUGUUAACAGAUGGCAGAGGUUACAGUGUACAAAAACAUUCCUCUUCCGACGAAUCGAUAGGUUGAAAGAUGGUGUGUAAGUUCACCUCCGAGAGGUAGCAGCACAAACGCCACUCGAAAUGCAUUCUGCCGGACGAAUUUAGUACUACCUAGUAACUUUCAGAAAGAAUCCUGGUAGGGCGCAUAUGGCAGAUGAACGAGGAGAAAUUUAUUUCGCAGCAGUAACCUGUCGUAACCACUUGCUAAUACGUUACCGCAGUUAGAAGCUGAAUUAAUGUUAAUGAGUAUGAAUGAGAAUCACACGGAGUUGAGUCGUCAUUUUCUGUUGGAAGUGUUUUGGGUUUGUUAUCUUGUGCGUGUAAUAAUGAUUUGACAAAUAUUACCUGAGUGAUAACGAUUUUUAUCGAUAAGGAGGAGGGGAGUAAUGGUUUGAUUUUUCAUAUUCUGUUUCACUUUGAGAGCUAAUUCAAAGUCCAAGAAGGCUUCUGAAGAUGGCGAACGUCGUAGCAUUUUCGAGGAAUUUGCCAAGUUUCCGCGCUUUGAAGUAUUUAUCCAGCGCGCUGUUGAAGUAUCAGCAUACAUCAGCACCUUCACAGUGUUCUUCAAAAACACAGCCUCUGCCGAAGAAGCAAGCAGUGGAAGUCACGUUUAUUAGGGCAAAUGGAGAGCGAAUCAAAGCAACGGGCAAGGAAGGUGAUAGCCUGUUGGAUAUUGUAGUGAACAACAGUGUUGACCUGGAAGGCUAUGGGGCGUGUGAGGGCACACUGACCUGUUCCACAUGCCAUCUUAUAUUCAAAAAGGAAGAUUUUGACCGCUUACCUGACAAGCCCACAGAUGAGGAGCUGGAUAUGCUGGACUUGGCAUAUGACCUUACAGACACGUCAAGAUUGGGUUGCCAGAUCACAAUGACUAAGGAGCUCAGUGGGCUCGAGGUGCAGGUCCCAGCAACAGUCAACGAUGCCCGCAGCUAAUGGGGCAUCUUCAUUUUGCACUUUAUAAACAGAGUUUCAUAUUUAGAAGUUAGUGUACUAUGGUACCACAGGCCCUGUUCCAUGGGCCUUGUCUCUUGGUUUACUGAUGGAAGCCAUGUUUUACAUUGGUGCACUGUCCAUGGGGCCGUAAUUGUUACCUCAAGAUGUAAAUGUUUUUUAAAGGUCUUUGUAAAUGUUGGGUUGGCAGUUGUAUGUACAAAUAUAGUUGUUAUUAAAGCAAAAUCUUGCCACAGUG